AUGAAUCACAUCAUCAAGCAGAGCAUCGUCACCCAGGAACGCAUCCAGAUCGCCACGCUGCGGUUCAAGCCCUCCCUCCAGCGCGGAAGCGAGCUGCCCCUGUCCUUCCGCGACGUCUGCCGCCAGCUCCAGGCCGUCCCCGGCGUCGCGGCCAGCUACCUCGGCGAGCAGCUCGAACGCCCCGGCACCUGGACCUGGAUCAUCCGCUGGGCCGGCGCGGCCGCCCACGACGCCUUUCUCGCGUCGCCCAGCUUCACCAGCUGGCUCGCCUCGUUCCGCGCCGUCGUCGACUCGUACAUUGUUUGGAAGGCCAACGUGCGCGGGAGCCUGAGCGCCGCCCUCAACGCCCCCUGCACAGAGGUCUUCACCGCCUACGGCGCCUCCGACACCUGGCUCGAGAUGCGCAUGAAGCCCUUUGCCGCCGGCGUCGACGCCGCCAGCCCGCCCGCCUACCACGGCUCCUUCUACGGCGAGUACGACGUCCUCAUGCAUGAUGCGCCCGCUCCUCCCGCCGGGAACACUGUCGGCAUCCUCCUCGGCUGGGACAGCAAGGAGGCCCACCUAGCUCAGCGCGGCGAGGGUAAAGCAAUCGAUCAAAACAUACACUACGUUAGAGAGGAGCGAAAAUCUGUCGACAUGUACCACGUCAACUUGAAACGACUUUGA